GCAACGUCGUCGUCAAUGGGAAUGCUGUUCGGCCAGCAGGCAGGGCGGCGCACCCCGGUGUGGCUGGGGCCGCUGCUCGGCGCGGAGUUCUUCAAGCGGUGCGCCGAUCACCCCUAUCUGGUCAAGAACGAGUGCAACCAUUACUGCCUCGACUGCGCGGGCGAGGACGACGCCGUCUGCUGCACCCUGUGCGUCUCCGGCCACCGCAACCACCACGUCGUCCAGAUACGGAAGUCGUCGUACCGCGAAGUGAUCCGGGUGGCGGAGCUGAAGGCGGUGGCUGACAUCUCCCUGGUGCAGACGUACGUCAUCAACUACGACAGGGUGGUGUUUCUGAACCGGCGGCCGCAGGCGCCGCAGCACGGCGUCAAGUGCGUCGGCCCUGCCGGGGCGUGCCGGGAGUGCGGCCGGGGACUCGUGGACGCCAACUUCCGUUUCUGCUCACUGAGCUGCAAGCUUGAUGGAAUGGUGUCAAAUCCCAAUUUGACAUUCAUGAUUGAUCCGAGGCGCAACCGGGGAAAUUCAGGCUCAAACACAGAAGAUGAAGGCGAGGCCGAUGAUCUGCAGGGGCCUAGCGACCCUCCGUCGGGAUGGAUCAGCUACCGCCGCCGGCACCGGAAGGGUGUCCCUGAACGGGCACCCUUCUAUUGAUCUUGGUUGUUUUUGGUCAGUUGUCACCAAUUUUGACAAUGUUUUCAUUUCUGCGUCAUUUCAAGAACAACAACGUUUUUCAUUACAGAAGUGUUGAUCUUUUCCCUCUCAUGGUCUAGAGAUGGGAAAAGACUGAUAUUUCCAUUGGUUCAAUAAUGGUGAGGUAGCUGCCUCAAAGAUACAUUAUGCAAGUUGUAUGCCAG